AAUUACGUAAUAUGCAUGUACGUUACCUUUAAGAUAAGAAAUGAAUCUUUAACACUUCUGCACGAUGCUGUACCUGUACGCACUUUCUUUGGUGAUCGUCGUUUAUGGCGAUGUUACUCAAAACUGUCCUACACAACCUCAAAAUGGCGCCACCUUGAAAGUCUACAGGACACACUGCUACGAGUUUCAGCUUCGUCACAAAGUGGACUGGAAAUCAGCCGAGAAAGACUGCGGAUCCAGGGGAGGGACACUGGUGGCCAUCAACGACGCGGAGGAGCAGAGCUUCCUCAUGUCCUCACUCAAGGCGCUCUCAUUUCACGGAAACAGUGUAUGGAUUGGGCUGUCUGAUGCCAACCACGAGGGAACGUUUACCUGGGUUACAGGAGAGAACAGCUCGUUUACGUUCUGGGCCCCAGGACAACCCCACCUGUCUCAUUCAGGUAAACGAUUUUUGUUAGACGGUAUAGCAGACGAGGAUUGUGUUCUCAUGAAAUACUCGGAAUCAGGUCACUGGCACGAUUACCCCUGUCAGAAGUUAGACCCCUUAGGACUCGUAAGGGAACAUUAUAACUACAUCUGCGAGUACAAUCCUGCAACAACUCCAGCUCCGUCUUUAGAUCCAACUAUAGCGCCAUCUACAAUCAGUACCACUUCGUCUGCUCUACCAGCAAGUCCCAGCGUUCCAUCGCGGUGAUAUUGAUAAGAUGUCUGAUUACAAAAUCAAUAAUGUCUUGCGAUUAAAAAAAGAAAAGAA